AUGCCAAAGAGGAGAUGCACGUUUACUGAAUCUUUACAGUCUGAAUUUACUUUCCUAAAAAAAUGUGAAGUGAUUGGAAAAGUUUUUUGUACGGUGUGCAAGGCAUUAUUUUCAAUCGAACAUGGAGGACGCUCAGAUAUCAAACAGCAUAUGGAAAAGAAAAAACAUACGUCGGCCUUAUCUAGUACUUCAAAAAGUUACAAAGUAACCUCAUAUUUUAUUAAACAAGGACCAGCUGGCUUAACUAGUGAAGGAUUAAAAAUUGCAGCAGAAGAGGGAAUGUUUGCAUUUCACACUAUAGUACAUAACCAUUCUUUUAGGUCAAUGGAUUGUACUACUGCUUUAAUAAAAAUGUUACAUGAAAAAAAGUUUUCUUGUGCGCGUACCAAGUGUGAAUCAAUUAUUCUGAAUGUAUUGGCUCCUUUUGCAAUGGAUCAAAUAAUAGACGAACUAAAAGCUGUUAAUUUUGCGACGGUUAUGAUUGACACUUCAAAUCAUACGAAUUUAAAAAUUGUCCCAAUACUUAUUCGAUAUUUCAAUCCUAAAACGGGAGUUCAAAUAAAAGUUCUAGAAUUCACAAAUUUGAAAGGAGAAACUUCGGAUAUGUUGUCGUCAUAUAUUAUGAAAAUUUUAACAAAACAUAAAGUGUAA